AGCCCACUCGCAUAUCCGAAUAGCAAUGCUUAGAUAUACAAUCGCAGCCGCAGUAGCAACUGGUUCUUAUGCAUCGCUAGAUGCUUCCUACAAGCCAGCCAGCGAUUUCACAAAGGCCGAGAUUGCAAGAGUCUGUCAAGAACCUCAACUUCAGCGACUGCACAAUGUACGAGGAGGUUGACCGUAGAUUUGUUGUCGCCCCAAACACAACAAGAAUAAUGAAUACAAGCGGCGAAAAUGUAGCUAUCGUUUCCGACGCCACCAUUGCGUUACGACAUGUAAAAGGGGCUUACCCACCCGCUGACCUUGGACCAUCGUUUGUCUUGAAUAUGCCAUUGUACAUGCUUCUCCAGGGUCUGGAGAUUCGAAUCAACCCCGAGCAAGCCAACAAAGCGCACGGAUUAUCGAUCCUGGUCGGUGUUGAAGAAACCAACGAGAUGUUCAACGUUCGUAUCUCGAAUGCGGUCAUGCUGUCGCUGCCUAUCACCGACAUGAAUGCGCGCCCUGGGUCUACGGCCAGUUUCACAGACAAAAUCAGAUCGGAUCUCAUCGCUACUCUGGUCACCGGAAACUCUUCGCUAGUCAGUGUGACUGGUGAUGUUGAUACACUCAAGAAGUUUGCUAGUUGCAUAUCCACCGAUGAAGACGCAACUUAG